AUGAUGAGCAACAGCUCUCGAGCUAAGUGGCAGUUCAUUUGUCAUACGACUACCAAAGAAAUUGCUCGCAUAUGUUUCAAUUUAAAAUUUCUAGAUUUGGAAGGAUGUGAAAAUAUUAGCAAAAAAGUCAUGGACCAGCUAAAUCCAAAUAUUCAUAUAGAAAAUUUACCUGACUGCGUUUCUGAUGAAGAUGUCUGUAGUAACAAUGUGCCUCCGAUGAUUAUGGACACUAUUUCUGAACUUCUUAAUCGGGAACUAGCAUUGGAAUGGUGA